AGUGACGCGCCGUACAUGCAUGCGUCAUGACGUCAUGUCUCCUGCGCUCAUGCGGACUCUCGGUGCAGAAUUCAACACAUUACCAGCAUCAGCACCGGUACCGCCGCCGCUGCCGCCAACACCACCACCACCACUAUCAGCAACAUCAGCAACAUCAUCAUCAUUAUCUCGGCAGCCCCACAAUAGCGGCAGGAGCAAUAGCGGCGUCUCCAUGAUUACCAUUAUCAUCUUUCCAGCGCACAAGCGCGCAAUCAGUCCGAUGGGACGCCUCCGUUGCUGACGAUGCUGCUGCUGCUACUGCUGAUGAGGAAGAAGAAGACGACGACGGUGAUGUAGAAGAAGAAGAAGAUGAUGAUUCUGUUAAUGAAGCCACCUUUGAUGGUGGCCGGGCGACACCGCCGAUGAGGCUGUUCGCGGUGCGCGGUGCAAGGGAACGAACAGACGGCGACUCGCGACGGAGGAAGCCAAUAAAGCGAAUCUCCAUCCCACCCUCGUUGAAGCGCUCCAGGCACCCACCACCCACACCACCACCCGCAGCAUCGCCAGGAGCAGCGCCGCGCCAGGCUGCCUUCGGGAAACGCCAAGUAUCUGCCAGCGAAGCGACAACACGAUAUCGGCAGGAGAAAGGGUCGGAUCGGGAGGCACGGAGCAGGCGUGUGGCGCGCGUUCGGGCGUGCACGUUGACGGCGACGGCCCCCGGCUCCCCAUCUCGCCUGCAUCAUGACGGUGGUGGGUGUCAAGGCCGGCUCGGAUGAUGCGGCCGUGGCGGUGCAGGGAGGCUACCCGCAGGAGCGGUACGAGCUGGCACGGCCCGGCGGCCAUGACUUCUGCGAGCGCGUGGUCAUCAACGUGUCCGGCCUGCGCUUCGAGACGCAGCUGCGCACGCUGGCCCAGUUCCCCGACACGCUGCUGGGAGACCCCCAGAAGCGGAUGCGCUACUUCGACCCGCUGCGCAACGAGUACUUCUUCGACCGCAACCGGCCGAGCUUCGACGCCAUCCUCUACUACUACCAGUCAGGCGGCAGGCUGCGCAGGCCCGUGAGCGUGCCCUACGACAUCUUUACGGAAGAGGUGCGCUUCUACGACCUGGGCGAGGAGACAAUGCUGCGCUAUCGCGAGGACGAGGGCUACGUGAAGGAGCCCGAGAAGCCGUUGCCAGAAAAUGAGUUCCAGCGCCAGGUGUGGCUCCUCUUCGAGUACCCGGAGAGCUCCAGUCCAGCGCGUGCCAUCGCCAUCGUGUCCGUGCUCGUCAUCCUCAUCUCCAUCAUCAUCUUCUGUCUGGAGACGCUGCCCGAGUUCCGCGACGAUGCAGACCUCUACAAGGUGUCGUACUACACGAACGGAACGCACUACUUCUACCACAACGUCUUUGCCGACCCCUUCUUCAUCAUGGAGACCAUCUGCAUCAUUUGGUUUUCCUUUGAGCUCAUGGUCCGCUUCUGCGCGUGCCCCAGCAAGGUUGAGUUCGGCAAGAACCUAAUGAACAUCAUCGACAUUGUGGCCAUCGUGCCCUACUUCAUCACGCUCGGCACGGAGAUGGCCGAGCAGACUGGCAGCGCCAACGGGCAGCAGACGAUGUCGCUCGCCAUCCUCAGGGUCAUCCGGCUGGUGCGCGUCUUCAGGAUCUUCAAGCUAUCACGCCACUCCAAGGGGCUGCAGAUCCUGGGCCAUACGCUGCAUGCGUCGAUGCGCGAGCUGGGCCUCCUCAUCUUCUUCCUCUUCAUCGGCGUCAUCCUCUUCUCGAGCGCCGUCUUCUUCGCCGAGGUGGACAGCAAGAAGACGGAAUUCCAAAGCAUCCCCGACGCGUUCUGGUGGUCAUUGGUGACGAUGACCACGGUGGGCUACGGCGACAUGUCGCCCAAGACGGUGGGAGGCAAGAUCGUCGGCUCGCUCUGCGCCAUCGCCGGCGUGCUCACGGUCUCGCUGCCCGUGCCGGUCAUCGUGUCCAACUUCAACUACUUCUACCAGCGCGAGACGGAAGGCGAGGACCAGACGGUCUAUUCGCACGUGCACAGCACGCCCUUCCACGAAGCGACGCACGCCGACAAUGCCGAGGCCAACUCGGAGCUGUGCCGCCGCAGCAUUUGCAGCUUCUCGUCGUUCGAGAAGAUCGACUGCAAGGAGGCGGACGAGCACGCGGACGAGGACUCAUGCGUCGAGGGCGAGCUCAAGCUCAGCAACUGCAACGUGGCGACGGCGCAGCAGCACAAGCACGUCGGCGGCAGUCGGAUCGAGACGGACGUGUGAGACCUUUCUCCAUCUUGUCAGUGGUCUUUGUCAUUUUUUUUCGUCUUGAAAGAAGAAGAAAACAACAAACGGCUGCUCCGAAUCGGAUUUGUACUGGCGUCAGAGAAAACGAUAACAAACAUUUGCUGCUGCCAGCAGUGGAACUAAUGACUAUUAAUCUUCCACCUCUAACCCUAAUCUUCCUGGCACUUAAAAGCAGUGACCAACAUCGCGUCUGCCGGUAAGAGCACCGACCCUACGUCAAGCCACUGAAUAACUUGUUGGCACCAAGGUAACCUUUGACCUGAUGUUACCGGUAAGGCUCGUGUAGCUGCUGCUCUCAGUAGAUUUUCUAUUGGAUCGAGGCACUUGUUUUUUCUUUCCUGUAUUGGACAUCUUAUUGCCACACCUACGCUUAGUAUUGGUGGACUCAUCGUGAUGCACUUUGUAUACGGAACACUUAACGCUGCUGAGAGCCUCAGAAGAAGUAACACUGGCCUCGGACUAUAAUAAAUCUGGCUGUACAACUGCAGUGGGUUUUUUUUUGCCGUUGUGCUGCAUAGGCACAGCUCUCCAAUGCGUUUUCAGGGUUGUUCAGUUCCUGAUGGAAGCUCCCGGAGCGUGGAGCAACAGCGUCGGUCACCACGCCUAAGAAUACACGGUACGAUCUGAAAACGCAUCGGGGAGCCGUUAAUGUGACCAAGUUUGGUCGGAUGACUUCCAUUCUCAAAGGGGAAGCAAACAGCCCAGAUCAAACUAUCCUAGGGAUGAAAAUUAUUACCGAAGCGAAACCCAAGCCGACAACGUCUCGCGCGCGUCAAGUUUGCGCCGGACCUGCGACAGGCAUUCUAGGGUGUGAAUGCACGUUGGGUGAGCAGCUUUCGUCACAAAGGCACCCGCUCGCACUCACGCACGCUAACCUUUCGACUUUUUAUUUGAAUGAAAGUUGUUGGAAAAUAAUGCAAACGACAACUCGGCGUGCAUGCGUGCGCGUACAUAAACGCACACAUGUGAGAUGCACGCGUGAAGAGUGAGGAAUACAAGGGCCACUUUUGGUUUCCCCAUUGCGCGCAAAUGUAUUUCACGAGGGAAAUUGGGAUAAGGCAAACAUUGCUAAAAGCGGCACUUCCACUUAAAACCUUUCUGGAGACUGGCAGCCCGAGUAAGAGUUUGUAUAAUUUUAAACCGCUAAACAUAAGUCGAUAACAUAGGCUAUUACAUUUGGGAAACUACAUGUUCCCGUUCUACGCUUGAUAUUAAUGUCCACCACUGUUUGGGACCCUGCAUCAAGUGCUAUGCACUCACUGGUUGGUGCUCAAAUGACUCAAUCCAGAGGGAUGAUGAUGAGUCAACCCUGGCCAGAAUCACAGCUGACGAUCUUGUCAUUGGAGGCCCUGCACUGCUGUACCCACUGACAUUUUAAUGAUCCACACUCUUGUUUAUACAUGUUUAAAUAUGUAUCGCCACACAUCUACAAAAGUAAUUUUCUUAAAUUAGGAACAGCAUGGCAUGCAUUAUGUGAUUUCCAAACUUUGCACUUUAACGAUUAAAUGGAAAUGGCUCCCAUGUUUAAGCGAGUCCUGGAGAUGUUCAUCGCCUCUCAUCGUUGUUUCAUGUAUCUGGAGUGGAACAUUCCACAUUACUAUGGAGGUGCCCUGCAGAUUAGAGAUAACUCUAAACAUUGCAUUACAUUGCUUUGGUUUAACUUGUUUAUUUUUUAGACGCUGUAUGGAUCACAGCACCACUGCUGCUGUGAUCCAUACUGUAUGUCAUCGACUGCCCCCUUGGAUUGGUUGAAACGAAUGUAGCAUUCAACUAUGACACGUAUCAAAACUGUUGCUUUUCCAUAGUGCCAUACUUAAAGGAGGCUUAUAAAUAAUUUGCACUCAACAACAAUUGCCAAUGUUGACCGCCCACAUCGCAGUGCAACCUCGCCAAAAGGUGCACGUUAUGUGAACCCCAUUAAUAAAGAUGAUUGCCAUGGCGAUCGUGAGCAUGGUGGGACGAUGUUGGCCCUGGGAGUCCUGUUAUUCCGCCAACACAACUAUGGCUGCGUAUUAAAAAAAUACCGAAACGAGAAUUGUAAAAGUCAAAGUGUGUUAAUGCUCAAACUAGCAUGGAGGGGUAGCGGACAUUCCACAUUCCUGUGGUGGGAGGCCUAUCUUCAUUGAACACAUGUAGCAUCAUCACAAAAGAAGUCAUAAUUUCCAUUUUAAAACAUUAUUUCGUCUAAGACAAUGCAUUUUACAAAAAUAAUGGAAGGAUGUUGAAAACGAUAACCUAUAUGUAAAAAACUGUAGAUUUUCUAUAAUCUUAAUAUUUGUUAGCCUGCUGGGUCAGCACGUGAUUGAAGAGUAAACAUUGGCAGACGUGAACAGGUGGGGUAAUACAAGGUGUUUCGUUAUCAAGGGACAAAGGCUGCUGGUUUUUGGUUUGAGAGGCCACUGGGCAUAGUGCACAAUGACAAUUCUGCAGCAUCUGUGACAAAAGUUCGGAAAUCUGUCACAGAUAAGCCAAUGCAGAGAUGGGAGAUUUAUAUAUGCAGUAGUAGAUAUAACUGUGACAUUUCCUAUCCGUGGCCGAUUUACCUGCGCCAUUACUAUUAUUAAUUGACUGGGCCUGGACACACCUCUUGACUGGAUAACGGUCUACGGAGGAGACCGGCGAUGGAAUGGCAGCCAAAGGAGGAGAACGCGUCCAAGAGACGUCAUCGCCGCAGAGACGGAGCGGUGGGAUUGCUUCGUGUGCGGGAGUGAGAUGGAUGGCAGCAGUACUGGGCGGUGAGGAAUAGUGACUCAUGCAGAGAGGCCUCAAUCCACCAGUGGACAGACAAUGGCUGACGAUUAUUAUCGUGGGACCUUUUUGUCAGUAUCAAAGUAUGAAAAAUAACAAUAGGUUUUACCAUUUCUGGCAAUAAAACAGGUGUUAAAUAUAUUCUUGGUUCUUUCGGUAAAGUCACGUUGAAGG